AAGAGGAGGAAAUGGGAACUUUGGAGAGCGCUCUCAACGUGAGGGUGUUGGGGAGUUCGGAAAAGAAGAAUGCAGUGGUGGUGCUUGCCCAUGGCUUUGGCACGGACCAGUCUGUAUGGAAGCACCUGGUCCCUCACCUCCUGGAGGACUAUUGUGUCGUUCUUUACGAUAACAUGGGCUCAGGACCAACUAACCCCGACUACUUUGACUUCAACCGCUAUGCAACCCUCCAGGGCUAUGCAUUGGAUUUGCUUUCCAUCUUAGAAGAUCUAGCCAUUUCCUCCUGCAUCUUUGUGGGACACUCUGUUUCUGGUAAUGUCGGUAUGUUAGCUUCCAUUGCUCGCCCAGAUCUUUUCCAUAAGCUACUGACCAUCAACACUUCUCCAAGAUACUUGAAUGAUGAUGCAUCAGAUUACUAUGGAGGAUUCGAGAAAGAAGAUGUCCAGCAGCUCAUUGAUGCCAUGACAGAUAACUUCAAGGCGUGGUGUGCUGGCUUUGCUCCCCUGCUCGUAGGAGGUGACAUGGAUUCUGUUGCUGUGCAGGAAUUCAGCCGUACACUUUUCAAUGUCAGGCCGGAUAUAGCUCUAUGUGUGGUCAAGUCUAUAUUCUAUUGUGAUCUUAGAUCACUUAUGGGGCUUGUGACUGUCCCCUUUCACAUUAUACAGUGCAGCAAAGACUUGGCUGUGCCUGUUCAAGUUGCGGAAUAUCUCAACAACAACACGGGUGGGAAAUCCGUGGUUGAGAUUAUGGCACUCGAUGGCCAUCUUCCCCAACUCAGCUCGCCGGAAGUGGCUAUUACAGUAAUCCUCCGACACAUUCAAUUAGACAUAUGAACUUAAGAGGUUCACGUCUCAAAGUUCAAAGUUCGAUUCCCACUUAAAGCUGGCAGCACCUUAAUUCAAGUUGAGGAGCAAUGGGAUGUUCUGAUAGCCUCCUCCUCCGCCAUGGAGAAAACCCCUAGUCUAAGAAUAAUAAAAAAAAUAAAAGAAUGUCCUCAAUCUUCACAUGUACUAUUAACUAUCUAUUUCAA